CUACAUACCCAAACUUGAAUUUAAAUUUUGUUUCUGCAUAUAAUUUUGACUCCAUGUUCCUACAUACCAUUUUAAUGUCGGAAGUUGGGAAGGUGUUUCGACAGUAUUUUUUUUGUUAUAACUGCUGAUUUUUGGGUCAACUAGGCUUCUCUCUUCCGAGUAAAGCCUAGGAGGAAUAUAAUAACUUCCGUUCUUAUUUAUUCUAAGAACAUCAUCAACUUCAAGAUGUUAUACAUAUUCCAUGUAGAUACCGGUCGGAUGAUGACCUUUGAUAUGAAUUUGGCAUUAGAGAGUGUGUCUCUUCUAAAAGAAAUGAUACAAAAAACGUGCAAUAUUCCACAAAAUACUCAAGUGCUUUUGGUUAGUGGUGGAGAAGUCUUGAUCGACAACAAUCGUGUUUGCAGCUAUUCGGCUGGCACUGACACUAAUCCUAUAUAUAUGUUUAGUACUUCUAUCAUAGAUGAUACAAUACCACCGGAACCAAGUGUUGAUUAUGGGCAAGAUCAUCGUGAUCUUAGUGAGGAAGUAGAAUCUUGCAUGUCUCUUCCGCCAACAUACAGCACUGUUGUCACGCGGGUACAGUUAGCUCAGCGCUUUUAUGAAUUGGCUAGAGAGCAGGAAAAGA